AGCUCUUUAGAGCCAUCCAAAGGAAGGGGGGCAGGGCUUGACUCUGCCCACACGUCCCAAGCUCCCCCCGAACAGGCACACACAUCCACACGCCCGCUCACUCGCUCGUCACUCUCCAUGCGCCCUCCAGUGCACCGACAGACUCCGACUUCUGACCUGAAAACCACCACAAAGCUUUAUUUGCAGAAGUUUGUGGAAGAUCCAACUGGCUGCGUGUGCUUGUGUAGGCGUGUCCUCAACCUGCACCUCACCCCCCCCCCCCGCUGACCAUCUACCUGGGCACUGCACCGCGCCCCAAAGUCGGCCUGCUGUGUUGCGUGGAUCGCGUGAGAGGAAGAGCUGUCACCAUGAUGCCAGGCUGGACGCUGCCGUUACUGCUCCUGUGUGCCCUGGCUGGGCCCCUGUGCUCCGACACGCACGCAAGUACUAUCGUGGUACCGACCAAUGAGAGUACAACUACCCCGGAGGUCACCUCCAUGACUGCAGUCACCGAAGAGCCCACAGACAGAAGUACGACAUUCUCUCCUAAUGCUACAGAGCCAUUUGUUACCUCGAACCUAACAGAGGCUCCGGAAAUCACCUCCACGGUUGUCGGAGAUACAGAGGAGAAUACAAGUGUGGAUUAUACCACAGUAACUGCCACAGAUACCACCUUCACUGACAGCUCCACAGUUGUCGCUACAGUGAUGGGGGAUGGCGGAUACACAACUGAGAUGCCACACUUAAAUUCCUCACUGAUUAUAGAAGAUGAUGAGGGUGGCCUGAGCACAGGGCAAGUUGUGGGCAUCGUGAUUGGCUCGCUGGUGGCUGUAGUGGUCGUCAUUGUGGUGGUGGUGAUGGGGAUGCGUAGGAUGGGCCAGUACUCCCCCUGAGGAGAAAAACUACCUGGCAGGAAGAGCAGUGUUCUGGGGGCUGAGAGUUUUCCAUAAAGACUACUGAGUGAUGUCAUUUCCUGUCAUGAAAUUCUCCCAGCUCUCAGACUUGCCCAGCUCCGCUCUGGGCCAUUACCGACAAGGCAAGCAUCUAGGCCUGCUCCUGUCCUGACCUACAUCUAACAUCCACCAUCAACCAAACACCAGCUUUAAACCCCCACUCCUACUUUUGGAUCCUAGGUUAAAAAAAUGCAGAUUUUUCACAUAGAUCAAGUGCAUCGCUAAACAAAAUAUGUAACAGGGUCCAGUUUGUGCGAUGUGCGGGAAAUCAGGUAAAAUGCGACAGGGUUUGAGACGGCUUGUAACUGGCGAUACGUGCACUGACCCACGGCGUGCUAAUGCAUGCUGGGUUUCUGUCGAUCUGAGCCAGAAUACUCGUACACUGAAAAUGAGAUUAUCUGACGUUUCAUGGUCUUUUGUAGGUGAAACUAGGCAUCUAGGUAACUUACAGAACAUUACAUACAAGUACACAGUGCAGCUCAAGCUAAUGUGGCCCCAGACACAAUAAAGCCUCGCAUUGUCACCCCAGCCCUGUACUGAGACUCCGUAAAGCAAUCAGUUCUGCGUAUGUUCUAGUACAGUGCUGCUGCCUGGGCUGCCUUGCCACAGACAAACAUAAAAAUAAAAAAACAUAAUGUCUGAAAACUAGCUGAAUGCCACUCAGCAUUCUCUGAAUAAAAUUUUGGGUGUUUGAAUGUCCUGUUUGUCACUUGAAAAACACCCUUUUCGUCGAAUAAUUAAACAAUUGUCCUUUUCAUUGGAUGGCUUCAACAAGCACCCUUUUUAUUGGAUAGCUCUGCAGAUUUAACUAGAACACGUUGCAUAUAAGGUUGUUAAUACACAUUGCUAGCAUUGAUGGUGUUAUUGUUACUUUUGGUUUCUCGACAAUGGUAUAUCUGUACCUGACCAGGUAAUAUGCAAAAGCAUUCAUGCCAAUCAUUUUCAUUCAGUGCACAUGCAUGGAAACCUUCGGGUGGUGAUGCUGCACUUACUGUCAGUAUUGUGUCAAGUAGAAAAACACCAACAUUGUUCAGUAUUAAUGAUCAUUUUCAGUAUAGCUUAAUUCUGUACUGUCUUAGAGUGCUGCCUUAACGCUGCCUAAAGAAAACAUGUAAUACUUCAAAACUCUUAGUCAUUUUAGUAAUUUUCAGCUGUUCCUGCUUUGUUGGACCCUGCUCCGAGUACAAAAUCUGUACCUUUAGUGUGCCAUCAGAUUGAGUACAUUGUUUAAUUUAAUUCACGUUUUCAGUUCACAUUGUCUCAAUAAAAAUGUGAAAACACACAAUAA